CUUUCUUUGUACUUUUGUGCUGUGUGUGUUGUGAUAUAGUCGUCAUCGUUUCGAAAAAAAAGAUUGUGAGAUCCUAUGUAGAUAACCCGUGAUAAUAUUAAAGUUUUCAACUAAUUUUGUUGAAGACAGCGUCGCGAGUGUUCUGAGAUAUAACUUCCUACGUGAAGAUUGAUCAUGGGUAAUACUGAUACUAAACUAAAUUUUCGUAAGGCAAUUGUGCAGCUUACCAGCAAAAGUCAGCCGAUCGAUGCGAGUGAUGACGUAUUUUGGGAACAGUUUUGGAUCGAGCACAGCACUCCAGUGCAGGACGUAUUUGCACUGAUUCCUUCAAACGAGAUACGCAAAGUAAGAGAUGUAAUGCCGGCAAAUUUAGCAACUCUAUGCUAUAAAGCAACCGAAAGACUGGUUCGAGCAGUGGACAAUAGCUGUCGAACUCAGGGUGAACAGCAGACAGUACUAAACUGUAUACGUUUACUGAAUCGCAUAUUGCCCUACAUUUUCGAAGAUGCCCAAUGGAAGGAUUUCUUUUGGUCGUCACUUCCAUCGGGAAACGAAAAAGAUGACAAUGCGACCCCAUUGGCACAAAGUUUGUUGAAUGCCAUUUGUGACCUACUGUUCUGUCCUGAUUUCACCGUUGUGGGCUUUCGGAAGGCAGGACCCGAAAAGGCAGAAGAAUUAAAUUCGAUUGAUAGUUGUGAGUACAUAUGGGAAGCAGGAGUGGGUUUUGCACAAUCUCCUCCAAGAAAUGGAAACAUGGACUCCCGACGAACCGAGCUACUUAAACUAUUGUUGACCUGCUUCAGUGAAACUAUGUAUCGUGUUCCAACAAUGAGCGACGAACCUAACAAAUGGAUUGUGCAUUUCACGAGCGCUGAAAAUCGACACGCCCUACCACUGUUCACGUCGCUAUUGAAUACAGUUUGUGCAUAUGACCCAGUAGGAAUGGGAGUCCCUUACAACCAUUUGCUUUUCACCGAUACCCUGGAACCAUUGGUAGAAGUUUGCUUGCAGAUCUUAAUCGUUACGCUGGACCACGACAUAACUAGCAAUUCACCAACACAAUCGGCUUCGUACUCGCACGAUGAAACAACUAUUGCAGACAACCUAUUCAUCAACUAUUUAUCGCGUAUUCACAGAGAUGAUGAUUUUCAGUUCAUUUUAAAGGGUGUAACCCGGUUGCUGAAUAAUCCGUUGGUGCAGAGCUAUCUACCAAACUCGACCAAGAGGCUGCAUUGCCAUCAAGAAUUGUUGGUGUUUUUCUGGAAGAUUUGCGAUUAUAACAAGAAAUUCUUAUACUUUGUGCUGAAAAGCAGUGAUGUAUUGGACAUUCUGGUACCUAUCUUAUACCACCUGAAUGAUUCUCGGGCGGAUCAAUCCCGAGUCGGUUUAAUGCACAUUGGCGUAUUCAUUCUGCUGUUACUGUCCGGCGAGCGAAACUUUGGAGUCCGACUUAACAAACCAUAUACUGCAACGGUCCCAAUGGACAUUCCCGUUUUUACGGGAACUCACGCUGACCUUUUGAUAACGGUGUUUCACAAAAUCAUCGCCACAGGCCACCAACGUUUGCAGCCGCUGUUCGAUUGUCUGCUUACGAUACUGGUGAACGUUUCCCCAUACCUGAAGACCCUUUCAAUGGUAGCCAGUAUAAAAUUGUUACAUCUUUUGGAGGCAUUCAGCACUCCGUGGUUCUUGUAUUCAGCUCCGUCUAACCAUCAUUUGGUGUUUUUCUUGCUGGAAAUAUUCAAUAACAUAAUUCAGUACCAAUUCGAUGGAAACUCUAAUUUAGUGUAUACCAUUAUACGUAAGCGGCAAGUAUUUCACGCAUUGGCAAACCUCCCAACAGAUGCUGCCGGGAUAGCCAGAUGCAUAAGCAACCGUAAGGGAGGGAAGCUUAAUAAUUCUAGUCAUGGAUCCCGUGAAGGGGUCCGAAAUCAACCGAACAAUGAGGUGCUUCCCUCUACCACCAAUGCAGGCAAUGAGAGUGAAGAUGAAAUCACCAUCAGAACUGGUCAAUUAUCUGUAGAUGAUAAACAACCUUCGGACGAGGAAGAUAGUCGUAGUGAGAUUGUAGAAGAAUCGAUGGAAGGAUCGCGGCCCGCACAGCCGGCAGAACCAGGCACUUUGAAAGCAACGCUCCUCGAUACACCCGACAUCGCGCAAAUGACAGAAAGCGAGUCGGCUCAUCCAUCUGCAGACGCUGCCACUCCAUCACCCGUUGAACCAAGCGCAAAGACUCCGAUGGGUGAAGCGAGCUCAAAAGGAUCACCCAGUAAGGUACAACUUUCUCCAAUCAAAAGAUCUGUUGCUCAGCGUGGUAGCAUUCGUGUUUCACCGGGAGCUGGUCACGGUAGCCAGACAAAAGUAUGGCAACCAGCGUCCGAGUGGGUUCAGUCAUGGCGUUCAAAGCUGCCACUUCAAACAAUUAUGAGAUUGCUACAGGUGCUUGUGCCGCAGGUUGAGAAAAUCUGCAUCGACAAGGGCCUGACUGAUGAGUCGGAAAUUUUAAAAUUUCUGCAACAUGGUACACUGGUUGGGCUACUGCCUGUACCACAUCCGAUCUUGAUACGCAAGUAUCAAGCAAACAGUGGUACCACAGCUUGGUUCCGUACUUACAUGUGGGGUGUUAUUUAUCUGAGAAAUGUUGAUCCUGCGAUUUGGUAUGACACUGAAGUCAAACUAUUUGAAAUACAACGUGUUUAAGCAGUAAACAAAAAUACAUACACUUUCAACUGGUUAUAACAUUUUGCAAACCAUAUAUCUUUGUACACCGACUACGAAUUGAAUAACAAAACCAGAUAUCUAUUUUAAGGUACAUUCCUUUAAAAGCUUACAGAAACCUAAAACUAAUACUACUUAAUAUUUUGACCCUGCUAUAUUGAGAUAUACAUUCCUUCUACAUUUUAAACAGCUAUCACAGCCAUAAUCUGCCUUCAACAUGAAUAAUAAGCAUCCUUAAAGUACUCUAGAAAUCUUCUAUUUCAGUUGCAGUGCAAUUCUUGAAUAAAUUUAACCAAUCAAACAUAGUCUAAUAGUUAAGCAAAAUCUACACGUAUGCAGUAUCAACUAAUUGUGCUUGUUUAUGUCUCAGAAAUAUAAUGCAAAAUCAAA